CAAAACUGCAUAUACAAAACAUUAGAUUUUAUUGUUCUAUGCUUUCGGAAUAAUACUUACUUAUAUUAUACAUUAAUAUUUUCUCACAAUAGGAUAACUCAAAUUAAUCAGUUAAGAAGUUGUUUCACGUUCCAAGAACAAUUUAAAGCACAAUGGGAAAAGUUUUCCUUGAGCAUCUUGGAGGUAAAAAAAUUUAUACUUGUCAUAAUUGCGACGCUUAUUUAACAAACAAAGAAGAACUUAUAAGCACUCGAUUCACUGGUGCUACUGGUAGAGCUUAUCUUUUUAAGAGGGUUGUAAAUUUGACUCAUAGUAACGUACAAGAUCGUGUUAUGUUAACUGGACGUCAUAUGGUACGAGACGUUAUGUGCAAAAAUUGUGCCAAUAAGCUUGGUUGGAUGUAUGAAUUUGCAACAGAUGAUUCUCAAAAGUACAAAGAAGGUAGAGUAAUUUUAGAGCAUGCCCUAAUAUCUGAAUCAGAAGGAUUUGAAGACUUAUACGAAAAAAUGCCAGGAAAUAAUUAUCACCAUUAAAUUAAAAAUUAUUUUAUAUGUAUUACAAUACAUAGUUACGUUAUUAA